AGUUAUAUCAUUAGGUGUCAGUGUUUCAUUGUUCCAUGGUGUUGAAAAAUAAUUAAGCAGCCAUCCAAAGACAAGACAUGAUAGUGACACAGGAAAGAGUUGAUGACUCCAAAAUCAAGUGUAUAAGUGAUUGUGUUGUUGAAGAGUAAGCUUUGGGUCAGUUUGAGUAUUUAUAUUUUACCAUGAUGUGUAUGAAAGAGGAACUCAAUGGAUUCUGCUAAAAAUCUUCUCUAUCUUGUUACAUCCCAAAAUCAUAAACACAAGUUUUGGUUGCUUAUUAACUCUUUGAUUCUACUCCUUAACUUCUCUUUUUCCUCUUGUUUUUCUGAUACCUUAACUACUGACAAGCCUAUAAGAGACGGUGAGCUCCUUGUUUCUAAAUCUAAAACGUUUGCACUUGGAUUCUUCACUCCUGGAAAAUCCACCUCUCGCUAUGUUGGAAUUUGGUACUACAAUUUGCCAAUCCAAACUGUUGUUUGGGUUGCAAAUAGAGAUAGUCCGAUCAAUGAUACUUCCGGAAUUCUAUCAAUCAACCCGAGUGGAAAUCUAGAACUCCACCACAACCUUAGCACCAUUCCCAUUUGGUCCACUAAUGUUUCAUUACCACAAUCACGAACAAAUAGCAGCAGUGUUGUUAUAGCUCAACUAUCGGAUAUAGCAAACUUUGUUCUGAUGGUAAACAGCACCAAAACUGUCAUCUGGGAAAGCUUUAAUUAUCCCACAGACACCAUGCUUCCAUAUCUAAAGGUUGGUUUUGAUAGAAAAACUAAUCAAAGCUGGUUCCUUCAAUCAUGGAAGACAGAUGAGGACCCUGGAAAAGGAGCAUUUACUAUUAAGUUCAGCACCAUUGGCAAACCUCAGGUGUUUAUGUACAACCGGAACCUUCCUUGGUGGCGUGGUGGACCAUGGAAUGGAGAACUUUUUGCAGGUAUACCUAAUAUGAAACGAGAUAUGGCCACCUUUAACGUUUCUUAUGUUGAAGAUGACAACUAUUCAGCUCUCUCAUUUAACAUGUUUGAUAAGUCUGUCAUUACUAGGAUAGUGGUUCAACAAUCUGGUUUCUUUCAAACAUUCACAUGGAACAGUCAAAAGAGUCAAUGGAACCGCUACUGGUCUGAACCAACAGACCAAUGUGAUAACUAUGGAACGUGUGGAUCAAACAGUAAUUGUGACCCUUUGAACUUUGACGACUUUAAGUGUACUUGUUUACUUGGUUUUGAACCAAAACUUCCACGUGAUUGGUAUGAGAGUAGAGAUGGGUCAGGAGGGUGUGUUAGGAAUAAAAAUGCAUCUGUUUGUAGGAAUGGAGAAGGGUUUGUCAAAGUUGUAAACUUGAAAGUUCCUGAUACAUCUGUGGCAGUUGCAAAAGGUGGUUUAAGUUUGGAAGAAUGUGAGAAAGAAUGCUUGAGAAACUGCUCUUGUGCUGCCUAUGCACCUGCUGAUGUGAGGAAUGGUGGAAGUGGGUGUUUGGCAUGGUAUGGGGAUUUAAUGGAUAUUCAAAAACUUAGUGAUCAAGGCCAGGAUUUGUUUUUACGCGUCGAUAAAGUUGAACUAGCUAAUUACUACAACAAAAGCAAAGGAGUCCUUGAUAAAAAGAGGUUGGCUGCAAUUCUGGUAGCUUCUAUAAUUGCAAUUGUCCUUCUCUUUUCCUAUGUGUAUUGCUUGUGGAAUAAAAAUAGGAAAGAUAAACUGAUGCGGCAAUUAAACCAAGAUUCCUCUGGAGAAGAGAACGGUGCUCAAAGCAACACACAUCCAAAUCUACCAUUUUUCAGCUUUAGAACGAUAACAACGGCUACAAGAAAUUUUAGUCAUGAGAAUAAGCUAGGGCAAGGUGGAUUUGGUUCUGUCUAUAAGGGUUGCUUAGUUAAUGGACAAGAGAUAGCAGUAAAAAGAUUGUCAAAAGAUUCAGGUCAAGGCAAAAAAGAGUUUAAAAAUGAAGUUACACUUUUAGUGAAACUUCAACACAGGAAUCUAGUGAGGUUGCUUGGUUGUUGCUUUGAGAAAGAAGAACGAAUGCUAAUUUAUGAAUACCUACCAAACAAAAGUCUAGACUUCUUUAUAUUUGAUCAAACCCAAAGAUCAUCAUUGGAUUGGGGUAAGCGUUUUGAAAUCAUUUGUGGGAUUGCUCGAGGUGUUUUAUAUCUUCAUCAAGAUUCAAGGCUGAAAAUAAUUCAUAGAGAUCUAAAAGCUAGCAACGUUCUCCUUGAUGCUGCAAUGAAUCCUAAAAUCUCAGAUUUUGGUAUGGCUAGAAUAUUUGGAGAAGAUGAAAUCCAAGCAAGAACAAAAAGAGUGGUUGGAACAUAUGGAUAUAUGGCACCAGAAUAUGCAAUGGAAGGACGAUAUUCAACAAAAUCCGAUGUCUUCAGUUACGGGGUCUUGCUACUAGAAAUUGUUGCUGGACAAAGAAACACACAUUGUGAAACAGGAAGAGCAUCCCCAAACUUAAUUGGACAUGUGUGGACACUAUGGACAGAGGGAAGACCCUUGGAUAUAGUUGAUCUAGUACUAAACCAGUCUUAUCCUGCUGAUGUAGUUCUAAAAUGCAUUCAAAUUGGACUCCUGUGUGUGCAAGAAAAUGCCAUGAAUAGACCAUCAAUGUUAGAAGUUGUUUUGAUGCUAGCCAAUGAAACAACUCUCUUCCCACCUCAAAAGCCUGCAUUUUUAUUAAUUGGAAACCAAGUUUUGCAAGAGUCUUCAACAUCAGGAGGAAGUUCUUCAAUAAAUGAAUUAACAGAAACUACCAUUAGUGCUCGUUAAAAGCUACGUUAAUGAAAUGUGUAAUUUUUGUUCAUACUUUUCAAUAAAGAAUUGAGUUUGCAGACAUUUCCAGAGGUUCCUUAGAAACAGGCAUGUUCAAUCACUUUGUGGUAUUGUAAAGUAAAUACUUGAGUAAGAGUCUGUUUCAAUAAGCUUAUCAAAUGAUUUUAUGGGGUCUGAAUAGUUAUUGUUGGAAAUUUCGCUUUCAUUGAGGUUCAUCACUGGUUGGGUAACUGCGACAUUUGUCUCGACUUCAUUGUAGCCUCCGACACCUUACUUGUGUUGGGUUUGAAGGGGUGGAUUGAGUCCCACAUUUCUAAAAGAUAUGACUUUUGUAGCGUUUAUAAAGUUUGGACAACCCUUGUCUUAGAAGCCGGUUUUAUAAGGAUGAGUUAAGUCUCACUCACACAGGUACUAUAGUAUCCGUCCCCGUACUGAGUAUAGUUUUUAUUUGCUACAGCAGGUCAUCCUGUUUGCUCUAUAAAUGACAAACAAUUAAUAGCUUUGUAACAAACUUUUUAUAAUAAUGAAAUUCAGUUACAAUAAAAAUGAAAAUUUAUAUUCUAUUUUUUAAUAUGGUAUUAGAUUGUUGAGUUGAUCCAUGGCGGCGAUUACUCCACCGGUAUCACCUCCCUUCUCCCCUUAGGUUUCCACUACUACGACACCGGAAGCGUCGUUUGCAACUGAUGAAUCACGGCGACUACACUUUUUGCUCAAGAUCAUGCAAAAUUUAGAAGAAAAGAAUUUUUAUCUUUUGCGCUAACAAGUGGAACCUUAUAUCAACGUGCGUGAUCUUACAGAUCUGGCAGUUUUCACUCGCAUUCUGCCUCAGCUCCUUGACGAUGAAGCUCGACAUACUGGUAAGAUCAAUCCUGCUUAUUCUGUUUGAAUUCAUAAGGAUCAGGUGUUGUUAUCGUGGCUUCAGUCAUUUCCAAAAACAAACACAUGCUAGAGCACCCCACCUAAGAGUUACACUAUCUGUUCAAGAUUAUCUUCUAAAAGUUAGCAUAAUUGUUGAUGCUCUAGCCACCAUUGGAGAUCAUAUUCCAACUUCUAUCCUUGAAGGAUUAGCGACUGAAUAUGCACAUGUGAAAGAAAACUUGGGGUUAUGGACAUUGACGAAGUUUAGAUCCUUCUUCUUGCUCAUGAACUUAUAUUUAUUGAAAGAUUUCGAAUAUGCAUAUUCGAACACUUGAAACAUCCUAGUUCGAAAAUGCAUAUCCGAAAAAAAGUUUCUUAAGUUUCUUCUACUUCAUUGGUAGUAGUUUUUCUGCAAGUGCCUUGGCUCAUCCGAACACAUCUAAAGUCAUCCAAAUAUAUUAUCAUAGCCUCUAAACGUGAACACUAACCUAUUUGACUUAUCUAAUG